UUUCCUUUUGUGCCAUAAUUCUCAGUCCCUUAAUCGAUGGUUGUUUUCUGUCGUCUUAUGUUAUAUUUCUGAUUAGUUUAGAUAUUAAUUGAAUAAUAGAACCUGUGCCCUGUUUCAUCCUUAUUAUAUCCUGCGUUACAUAAAAAUUAUCAACCUACAGUUGUUUUAUAUGCUACUAAUAUGUAACCAUCAAAAUGCUCUAUAUUUGAACUAAAUCAAAGGCACCAAAUGUGUUUACUGUUAAAGUAAUCCAGUAUGAAUUCAGUAACUUAUCUUUUAUUUUUCCAGAUCUGGUCCUGUGGGCGUCAGUAUCACACAGUGAUCACAGUUCACACCUGCAGUGAAGCCCCUCCCGCAACAAUUCACCAAUAAAUACUGGGAAUAUUCCCAUCAUCCUACAAGAGAAGGACAAACUCCAGGAGUAGCAGCUGAAAUCUGUGUGACUGUUAAAGAUGGAGUUUAUUAAAGAGGAGAUUGAAGACAUGAGUGAUCCAGAACCAUCCAGAAUAAAACAUGAAGAUACUGAGGAACAAAUAGAUCAGAUGGAAGUGAAGGAGCAAAUACAGAAACUAAAUGACGUAAAGAAACACUGCGACUUCAAAACUCAAGGAACAAAAGCCAAUAAGCUGCACUCCUGCUCUCAGUGUGGAAAGAGUUUCCAAAAUAAAGGAAACCUUAACACACACAUGAGAAUUCACACUGGAGAGAAACCGUAUCCAUGCACUCAGUGUGAGAAGAGUUUUACUCAAUCAUCAGGUCUCAGUUAUCAUCUGCACAUUCACUCUGGAGAAAAACCAUUCAAGUGUGAUCAGUGUGGUAAAGAUUUUAUUUCAUCAGCAAAUCUAAAACAUCACCUGAAAGUUCAUUCAGAUGAGAAGCCUUAUGUGUGUUCUCUCUGUGGAAAGAGUUUUUCACGACUGAAUAGUUUUAAACAGCACCAGAAAACACACAAUGAAGUGAGAGAUCAUGUGUGUUGUGAAUGUGGGAAGAGCUUUAUUACAUCUGCUUGUCUGAAACAGCAUCAAAUAAUUCAUACUGGAGAAAGACCUUACAAGUGCUCAGUUUGUGACAUGAGUUACACUCAUUCUGGAAACCUGAAAAGGCACGAGCGACUUCACACUGGAGAGAAGCCGUACUACUGUACUCAGUGUGAGAAGAGUUUUACUCAAGCAUCAUCUCUCAGUGUUCAUCUACGCAUUCACUCUGGAGAAAAACCAUUCAAUUGUGAUCAGUGUGGUAAAGACUUUAAUUCAUCAUCAAAUCUAAAAACACACCUGAUAGUUCAUUCAGAUGAGAAGACUCAUGUGUGUUCUUUCUGUGGAAAGAGUUUUUCACGACUGGACAGUUUUAAACUGCACCAGAAAACACAUGAUGGAGUGAAAGAUCAUGUGUGUUGUGACUGUGGGAAGAGAUUUACUGGAGCUGGCCAACUGAAAGUUCACCAAAGAAUUCAUACUGGAGAAAAACCUUACAAGUGCUCAUAUUGUGACAAGAGUUUCACUCAGUCUGGAUCUCUGAAAUCACACGAGCGAGUUCAUACUGGAGAAAAGCCGUAUUACUGUACUGAGUGUGAGAAGAGCUUUAGACAUUUAGCAAGCCUUCAAAACCAGAUGGAAGUGAAGGAGCAAAUACAGAAACUAAAUGACGUAAAGAAACACUGCGACUUCAAAACUCAAGGAACAAAAGCCAAUAAGCUGCACUCCUGCUCUCAGUGUGGAAAGAGUUUCCAAAAUAAAGGAUACCUUAACACACACAUGAGAAUUCACACUGGAGAGAAACCGUAUCCAUGCACUCAGUGUGAGAAGAGUUUUACUCAAUCAUCAGGUCUCAGUUAUCAUCUGCACAUUCACUCUGGAGAAAAACCAUUCAAUUGUGAUCAGUGUGGUAAAGAUUUUAUUUCAUCAUCAAGUCUAAAAGAUCACCUGAAAGUUCAUUCAGAUGAGAAGCCUUAUGUGUGUUCUCUCUGCGGAAAGAGUUUUUCACGGCUGAAGAGUUUUAAACUGCACCAGAAAACACACAAUGAUGUGAGAGAUCAUGUGUCCUGUGACUGUGGGAAGAAAUUUACUAGAGCUGACCAUCUGAAAGUUCACCAAAGAAUUCAUACUGGAGAAAGACCUUACAAGUGCUCAUACUGUGACAAGAGUUUCACUCAUUCUGGAAACCUGAAAAGGCACGAGCGAGUUCACACUGGAGAGAAGCCGUACCACUGUACUCAGUGUGAGAAGAGCUUUUAUCAUGCAUCAGAUCUCAGUUAUCAUCUGCGCAUUCACUCUGGAGAAAAACCAUUCAAUUGUGAUCAGUGUGGUAAAGAUUUUAUUUCAUCAUCAAGUCUAAAACAACACCUGCAAGUUCAUUCAGAUGAGAAGCCUUAUGUGUGUUCUCUCUGUGGAAAGAGUUUUUCACGGCUGGACUGUUUUAAACAACACCAGAAAACACAUAAUGAAGUGAGAGAUCAUGUGUGUUGUGACUGUGGGAAGAAAUUUACUAGAGCUGACCAUCUGAAAGUUCACCAAAGAAUUCAUACUGGAGAAAAACCUUACAAGUGCUCAUACUGUAACAAGAGUUUCACUCAGUCUACAUCUCUGAAAUCACACGAGCGAGUUCAUACUGGAGAAAAGCCGUACUACUGUACUCAGUGUGAGAAGAGUUUUAAACAUUUAUCAAGCCUUCAAACUCAUAUGAAAAAAUGUUUGAAGUGAACAUCAUUAGUUUUCAUGUCAAAUACAUUAAAGUAAACUGAGAUGAAAUAUGGAGU